CUAAAUAUGGCGAAGUGUCUCCAGUCAGUUCCAUUUCACAGUUCUAUUUUAUUCUAAUUUGCUAUUUCCUCGUGAAAUAAUUAGUUGGCCAUCAGAUAAAAUAGUGAAGGACUUUAAUUGAGACAACUCUUAUUUUUCUCUGCUGAUCGCUGCUUGAGCGCAGCUUCACCAGUAGCCAUGAAAGUUUGGGGGGCUCACGGAGAGUUCUGCGCCCGGCACCAAUGGGAGGUCAUUGUCGCCACUCUGGCGCUUCUUGCUUGCGCCGCGAGCGUCGAAAGAAACGGCGUCGGCAACCGCUCGGAAAGAUGCGCCGGCUGGGCCAGAGCUUGCCCAGGCCUUGAAGCAGAAUACCAAGCAGCCGAUGCAGUCAUCAUGACCUUUGUCCGCUGCGCAGCACUCCUAUACGCCUACUACCAAAUCUCCAACCUUCACAAAAUCGCCUCAAAAUACCUCCUAAUCAUUGCUGGAGUUUUCAGCACUUUUGCCAGUUUUAUCUUCACCAGCGCGCUGGCGAGUCUGUUCUUCAACGAGCUAGCCAGUAUAAAAGAUGCCCCAUUCCUCUUUUUACUCGUCGCCGAUGUCGCUAGAGGCGCCAGGAUGGCGAAAGCUGGAUGGUCUGCCGGGAAAGACCAGGGAAAGCGUGUUGGAAGAGCUCUGUCCUUACUAGGACCAACGGCAACUUUGGAUACUUUAUUGGCAGUGUUGUUAGUGGGUGUUGGUGCGUUAUCCGGAGUGCCUAGACUGGAACAUAUGUGUACCUUCGCCUGUUUGUCUUUGCUGGUGGAUUAUCUGGUCUUCGUGACGUUCUAUCCAGCGUGUUUGUCGCUGGUAGCAGAUUUCACGUCUGGAAGGAAAGAAGUAGGGCCAGACAGCCCGUUUUCUGAAGACGCGUUGAAGCCUAAUCCAGUGGUUCAGAGAGUCAAGAUGAUCAUGGCUGCAGGGCUUCUCUGUGUGCAUUUGACUAGUAGAUGGCCCUGGUCGAACGAAAGUGGACUCAACGAAGGGCAUCUAACUGGUACCCUGAGCACUGCAACCCAAGAUGGCGUCUACCACUCGUACUUGAGAUGGUUCUCCGGCAGCGCAGACUACAUAGUGAUAGCGACUUUACUCUUCGCUCUAAUAAUAAAAUUCGUGUUUUUCGAAGAACAGAGGAAUUGGGUGAUCGACAUGAACGAUUUGACAGUCAAGGAGGUUGUCAAAAACACAGAUGUCAGUGAAAAGACGAAUUCCUUUAGGAAGCCAAUGUUUUCGAUAUCAGACGAGUUGAGCGCUGAUGCCGCAGCGCAAACUGAUCCAAUUGACCCGGAUUUGGAAUGGCCUACGCUGUCCCCUAGCUCCUCAGCGGCAAAAUUGAACGCCAAAAAGCGUCCGAUGGCAGAAUGCCUCGAGAUCUACCGCUCAGAGGGCGCUGGAUCUUCUUUAAGUGACGAAGAAGUGAUCAUGUUGGUCGAACAGUCACAUAUACCUCUACACAGAUUGGAAAACGUAGUUGGAGAUCCUUUAAGAGGUGUCAGGUUACGCCGAAGAGUUGUAGCAUCGAGAUUUGGUAUAGAUACUGCCAUCAGACAACUGCCUUACUUGAAUUAUGACUACAGCAAGGUCCUAAACGCGUGUUGCGAGAACGUCAUAGGAUACGUUGGGGUACCUCUAGGCUACGCCGGGCCUUUGGUUGUAGACGGAAAGGCGUAUAUGAUCCCAAUGGCUACAACUGAAGGAGCGUUGGUAGCUUCAACGAAUCGAGGAGCUAAAGCGAUUGGAACUAGAGGGGUGACCAGUGUAGUCGAAGAUGUUGGUAUGACUAGAGCGCCAGCAGUGAAACUACCAAACGUGGUCAGAGCGCACGAAUGCAGACAGUGGCUGGAUUGUAAAGACAACUACGAUGUUGUUAAAGAAGCUUUCGAUUCCACAUCAAGAUUUGCGCGUCUCCAAGAGAUACAUAUCGGUGUAGAUGGUGCUACCCUUUAUCUUCGCUUCAGAGCGACAACAGGAGACGCUAUGGGCAUGAAUAUGGUUUCCAAAGGCGCUGAAAACGCCUUAAAAGUCCUCAAAACCUACUUCCCAGACAUGGAAGUCAUCAGUUUAUCAGGAAACUAUUGCUCUGACAAGAAAGCUGCAGCGAUCAACUGGGUUAAAGGGAGAGGGAAGAGGGUAGUCUGUGAGACGACGAUAUCCUGCGAUAGUUUAAGAUCGGUCUUUAAAACCGACGCAAAGACCCUAGCUAGAUGCAACAAGAUUAAAAACCUAUCUGGUUCAGCCUUGGCAGGGUCCAUAGGAGGCAAUAACGCUCAUGCAGCGAAUAUGGUGACAGCUAUUUUCAUAGCAACAGGACAGGAUCCAGCGCAGAAUGUGACAAGCAGCAACUGUUCAACGAGUAUGGAGCCUUGCGGCGAGAAUAAUGAAGACUUGUACAUGACUUGUACUAUGCCAUGUUUGGAAGUAGGCACAGUUGGUGGAGGUACAGUUUUGACAGCACAAGGGGCCUGUUUAGACAUCCUAGGUGUCAAAGGAGCAGGGGAAAGACCAGCAGAAAACUCUGCCAGGUUGGCUUCCUUAAUUUGCGCGACUGUGCUAGCCGGAGAGCUAAGUCUUAUGGCUGCAUUGGUCAAUUCAGAUUUAGUCAGAUCCCACAUGCGGCAUAACAGGUCAGCGCUAAAUGUCCAAGCAGGGAAUGUCGAGGUAGCCAGUUCUGUAACCCUCAAAGUGCCGAAGUUAUAACAGAUUUUCCGCUUUUUACUGCCUAAAAGUUAUCAAUUGUUGACUAUUUUUCCGUGCUUGAGGGGUCUUUAGGCGAUUUCAAGUAGAUAAAUAGCUUACUUUACUGGGGGAUAAGUGAGGAUGCGGUCUAGGAUGGAUAGUAAAUGUCUAUGCAUCCCUAAAUAAUGUAAAUUAACUAAAUAGGAAGUCGUCUAAAGAAAUCUUUUGAUAAUCUGAACAAAAUUAUUACGUUUAAAAUUAUAAUAUAAAAACAUAUUGCUAUAAAAUCUACUUGUACGCUAAUUAACGAAAGUGAUAAAAAAUGCCUUAUACAUAUCAACUGUACAAAAGAGGCAAAGGAAAUUUGAUAAGAGGCUCAAAUGUCAGAUUUUAAACUAAAUUGUAUAAAUGUUGCUUAUUAUUUAAAAAGAAAGUAAUUAAUUUAAAAUUACUUACAGUUCUCUGAACUUGACCAGAAGAUAUCUAAGUAAAAAAUAUUAAUUUAUUUUUGUCGAUUUAAAACUAAUAAUCAUGGCAAAAUAUUUCAUUUACUUAUUUAAAAAAAAUAUUAUGUCGUAAAUUUGGCUAAUAAAACACCUUUUUUCUUUAAAAA